CAAAGCUACAAGAGACAAUGCCGGUGAGUUUUUAGCGUACAGCUGUACUUCACAUCGAACAACCUGGCCGGCCUUUUCGUUCCGAGCUUUUUAGCUUUAUAUCGAUCGUUAAGCAUGUUUGCAUUUUAACUCACUUGACAGGUGGACACAGACUCGGACAAUGUUCGUGUGGUUGUUCGAUGUCGGCCUAUGAAUGAAAAAGAAGUCGCUAGUUCCUGUUCUUUGGCUGUUAAUGUCGACGAAAGUCGGGGAAUAAUCACCGUGAAAAAUCCGAGUGCUCGCACCGGGGAACCGCCAAAACAGUUCACUUAUGACAGAGUGUUUGGUGUUGAUGCAAAGCAAGUAGAUAUAUACAACGAUGCAGCCAGACCAAUUGUCAAUUGUGUGCUAGAGGGUUACAAUGGUAAGACUGCUUUAGCUAGUGGAAUGUGUGCUAGUGGUAUGACAACCAAUAUUGCCUUUUCCACUGGGUAGAGACUUAUCCGGUGGAUAGUGCUAUCCAGCGUUUGAGUAGCCUGCAUAGCAAGUGUUUCCGUGCAGUUUUGGAGCAAAGAACAAGGAACGAGAGUCAAAGACCGCACAAAAAAGGGGCGAGUAAAAGAGCAGGGAUGGGGUGGAGAAUAAAGGAAGGAAAUGCUUGCAGACAAAACCCAGGAUUUUGAAAAGCGACCACUUGGCCUGUCAGGCCUGAUUGUAGCCACCAACAUUUAAUGCUGUCAUCAGCUGUCAUACACUGUAUAUUGACCAAUAAAUGUUUGACAUUCCAUAGAGGGGAAGUAAACUUUUGAGGGCAAUUGUGGAACCAAAACAAAAUUUCUCAACUUGUCAAAUUAUUUCGAAAGCAAUGCUUGGAUGGCAGGAAUGGAGAAAUCUCAAUGAAUCCAAAUUAUCAAUACAGUCUUUGUAAUUGCAGCUUCAAAGUGAAUUUUGUUCAUAUAUGCCAAACAAGCUAUAUUUCUACAGAAAAUCUUUUUAGUCUGUCAAAAAGGAAGGAAUUCAACAGUGAAGUUUUAGCUCAAAACAUUCAGAAAGUUGAAUUUGAGGUGGUAAAAUAAGACAAGUAUUGAAGUCUAUAAUUUUUGAUCUGUGAGGUGGGUCCAAGAUCAAAGCUCAGCUAGACAGAACGGCAAUUGUUCUUGCCAUGGCACAGGUAUAAAGGCUGUGAUUGACAUGUCUGGAAUACUGACCAAUCAGGAUUUUAACAUUCAUCUGGGGAAUGUUAAUAACAUAAAAAACAAUAGUAUCCUUGUAGGCAUUCCCUUCCCUCCUUCGUCGCGUGCCCUGCGCGCUUCUCACACACCCCAAAUUCCCUUUCCCUUCCCUUUCAAAUGCCUACCACGCAGGUUAGUGAUGGAAGUUCAGCACCAAACCCAUGUAUAUAAUUAUGCAAGCUGUAGCCAUGUAUGCUUUAUUAUGUGAUUCUAGCCAGCUAGUGCAUAAAACACAAUUGUGAAUAAACUCUUUCCCAAUCCCCUCCUUGAGAUAUAUUGUGGUACUCCGAUCUAGGCUAUGAAGACCCACAGGAAAGUGUUGUAAGGUGGUGCGUGAUAGUGUGAGCAGGGCACAAAAAUCCCGUCUAGUAGUCCGGACAAGGGGAUUUUCUUGCCGGGCAAGUGGCUCUUGGCAAGAAACACAUGAGAGCUGCUUUAAUACCUGAAGGACAAGCUGGAAUUCAAGUUUUUCCCAGCCCUGGUGUGAGUUGUUGUUUUUACUCUCUAUUUUGCUAGGAACAAUUUUUGCAUAUGGACAAACAGGAACAGGCAAAACAUUUACCAUGGAAGGAGUGCGGACAGUUCCAGAACUGCGCGGAAUCAUCCCAAACUCUUUUGCACAUAUAUUUGGGCACAUUGCAAAGAUGGAUGGCGACAUAAGGUACCUAGUAUUAGGCAUUUAUCAUCAUGGUUAUCAUUCAUUUUCAUUAAUUUUUGUCAAUUUACUUUACUUAGGGUGAUUACUAAAAAUAAUAACUAUUAGACGAUGCUAAAAUUUGCACACAACAGCACCUUCAAGCCUUUCCCUGUAUUCCUAUAAACAAAGGAACCAAUGCAAGGUUUGGGGUGACAUUUUAAUACAGUGAUUUGUAUGAAAUUGUCACCUUGAGCCUUGACCUUUGUUUUCUCACUGGAGUAGAAAAUUGUGCUGAAAAUGUCUAUGUUAUGGCUUGGAACAAUGAUACUGAGAAUGAAAGAUAACCUUUUUUCAUACUUUGUGGUGUUUCUCCCUGAUAUGUUAUCACCAACCCUAACAUGCAUGGCAUGGCUAUGUUAACAGCAGUUGUACAGCUGUAGGGCAGCUGUCAGAACGUCACUUUACAAACAGAGGUUUCUUUCUGGCAUGGCGUUUAGCAUUAUUUUAUGUUCAGUCAUUUGCAUCGCACCUCUGUGGCAUACAGUGUACAGGUAGCUGGUUUCUCUCAUCACAUAAUCAAACCAACUACGAAGCUGACAAGUGAUGCAAACAACUUAGUAAAUGCUAAAAGCCAUGCCAGAAAGAAACCACUGCUCGCAGGGUAUAUGCAAAGUGAGAGGUCACAGAUCAAAUCCCAACUGAGGAAGAGCUUACUGCCUUUGUAUAUCUUGCAAAUGGCUAGAUCUUCGUGUCAUAUUACUUUUAUAUAAUCAUAUUAAACCACAUACCAAUGGUGGUCCAAGGAGUGUUGAACAAAAUGUUCAGCCUUUAGAUACAUCUGUUAAAUCUUUGGGCCAUUUACGUAAACAGAGCUCAGCCAGUGUUCAACAAAACCGCACUCUCAGCCAUUUUACUUUACCCAAUGCUCUAUGUAAACAGCAUUAAUUUUAUUGUGAACAUUUUCAUGAUAGCACAUGGCAUAGACUAGAAAAGCACAUAUCUUCUUAAAAUAACCCACUAAGUAAGAGAUCUGGAGGUUCAAAGAUUUGCUAAACCAUGGUCUAAGUUAGACUUCAUUUAAAUAACUGACCUUGAGUUUUUCAGUUAGUACAGAGUUUUGGAUUAUGGUUAGUAUCAUUUUCUACUGUAUCUCUUUGUGGUUUCUUACUUUUUUUAACUGUUUACUGCUUUUGUUAAUUUUUGUUAGGUUUCUUGUCAGAGUGUCUUAUUUAGAGAUCUACAAUGAAGAUGUUCGUGACCUGCUUGGCAAGGAUCAGAAUGCUAAACUUGAGGUUUGUGAAGUCAAGAAAUACAUUGUAGCAGGCUGUGUUAUACUGUACCAGCUGGGUUUUAAAGUGCCAGUGAAAAAAAUAAGGAAAUUAAUUGCUGCUCUUAUUUCAGUUCCAUGGUUUCCCUUUAUUAAAAACUAUGUUGGAACUACUAUACAUUUUUUUGUUUUGUUGAUUAAAAAUUAUUUUUUGUCAUUUUUAUGUUUAGGUAAAGGAGAGACCAGACAUUGGUGUGUAUGUGAAAGAUUUGUCAUCAUAUGUUAUGAAUAAUGCUGAUGAUUUAGACAAGACAAUGACACUGGGAAACAAAAAUCGUGAGUUUGCUGAUCUCUUUACUACUUGUCUGUGAGUUACGAAGACUCUAAGUUAAAAAAUGACAAAAAUUAAUAGAUCAAGAAAAAAUUUGUAACUAUACUGGUGUGCAAAUUGAACCUCCACUUGCACCGCUGUACUCAAAACUCAUUUAAAGUUCUGUUUGAUUAUAGGUUCUGUUGGAUCUACAAACAUGAAUGAGAGAUCGUCACGCUCUCAUGCUAUUUUUUCCAUCACAGUUGAGUGCAGUGAGAAGGGUCCUGAUGGCCAACAUCAUGUCAGAAUGGGUAAACUACAUCUGGUUGAUUUGGCUGUAAGUUAUUAUAAUGUCUCCUGUGCUACAUGUAUGUGAUGCUGGUUGGUAUCACUUUCAUCAAACACAAGAUAAGCAAAAUUAUCACUAAACUGUAUUUGUACUACAGGGGUUUCAUAAAAAUUGAAGUAGCCAGCAGUUCUGAAUAGAGUAACUGACUGUAUCAGCAGUCCACAUUUUCAAGGGGUGUCUGGGGGCAUGCUCCCUCAAAAAAUUUUAAAAUUUCAAAGCCCUAGUAAGCAAUUUCCAGUGUUUAGGGGACUAAACUGAGAAUAAAAGAGCGAGUUUUCUAUUCAAGAAGAUCUGGGUUUUAGUCAAAUUUUGAUUUAUAAGCCACACAAUCAAUUCCCACAAGCAAUGAACAAAUGACAAUUAUACUAUAAGUUACAUACUUUUCCACGUGAACAAAGUUUAUUUUUGCCCAUGGCCUUAUUCAAACUAGUUGCUUCUUCUUCAGGGGAAAAAGUAGCCGACUUCUUUGAACAAUGUAGCCGACGCGUUUCGUCAGUCGUUGGUGCUUAUCGAAACACCUGGUACUAAGUUUGUGAGGGAUAUAUCCACUAAGAUAUCCAGAAAACUGUUUUUAAAUAACAAUUAUUCACCGAAGUGGAGGUGGCUAGUGAUGGAUAUUUACCUCGCCGCUAACGCGGCUUCGGUAAAUAUCCAUCACUAGCCACCGACACUGAGGUGAAUAAUUGUUUUAGUAUAUACUAAAACAGUGAGAUAAUUGAGCGCAAAAAUGAUGAUUUUUAACUCAUUUACUGUUGCCUGCAACGAUUACAAUUUUGGCGCGCAAUGACCGAACGGCCGCUGUCGUCGCUUUUUNAGCAUUUGCAGUGACAGCACUCCCUCACUCAUGCAGCCCCCUUAGACCCCUCACCAAAUCCACAUAAGUUGUGUGUGCAUAAUCCUUUGGAACAGAGACAAAGCUGCCAGCACCAUUUGUCCAUUUGCUUGUAAACAAUAUUUUAUUCGUAGCGUAAGAUAAUAAUCACAUCAGUGAAACACGUACAGGUUCUCAUGCCAUUUAUUGCAAGUACAUAAAUUAUGUUUGUUGAGAGAGAAAUCUUACCUGUCAUCUUAAAUUUCACACCAUUUGAGAAUGUCAUUAUUCCUCUUUCUGCUUUUUCAUUGGAACAUCUAUUGCAAAAUCUUUGCAAAUUUUGGCCUUUUUAUCCCACCCUCCAUUCCUUGUUUGAUUCCUGCUGACAGAGUUAGCUAGACACAUAAAUGGCCAAAAGAUAAUAGUGCAGUUGAAAUAAUUAUUAUGCCUGCAUUUUGUUUCACUGUCAAUCUUGUUUGAAACAGGGAUCAGAAAGACAAGCCAAGACUGGAGCUACAGGUCAAAGGUUGAAGGAAGCAACCAAAAUCAACCUGUCCCUCUCCACCCUGGGAAAUGUUAUCUCUGCAUUGGUAGAUGGCAAAAGUACUCACAUACCAUACAGGAACUCUAAACUGACACGGUUACUGCAAGACUCACUCGGUGGUAACUCCAAGACCGUCAUGGUAUGUUUGGCUGAUUAUAUGGUUUUGCUGUUUGUUUAAUUUAUUUAUUUUGAAAUAUUGCACUUGAACCUUAUUUCUUCAAGGGCUGAUGUUUGAUUUUCUUUGAAUGCACAACUUAUUGGUAUUUUUUUCUACCGUGCUAAGUUUGAGGCACAGAGAUCAAAAGUUGGAUUGAAAAUUUGUUUUGUUACUUCUCUAGAUUGCAAACAUUGGCCCAGCUGACUACAAUUUCGAUGAAACAAUAAGUACCCUGAGGUAUUAAAGUUAAUUAAUGUGUAGAUUUGUCAGAAUCACGUCUUUAUAAAAACCUAAAUGACAGAUUGCCUGUACACCGCAAACAAUAGUGACGCUCAGCUGUAAGUUCCAUUUUUUGGUCAUGGGACAAUAGCCAUCAAUUAGUAAUGGUAUUACUUAGUAACUUAGUAUGGAAAAGUCCCUAAAAAUGUCCAAUAGUUCUGGGAACUUAAAAGUUCCAGUAAUGAAGUUUAUCACCAUAGCUAUGAAGAAAUGUUAAAAUGUAAAUAGGAUCCUCUAGAUCUGUAGGAAGAAGAAAAAUAUAAAAGUUGCUCGAAAGAGGUAACACCCUGUUUCUCUUAAUUCUUGUUAGUUCCUUCUUUUUGCCAUUGAGAAAUUUCAGUCUUCACACUAAAACUGAAUGAUGUAGUUUUUGUAUCUAUUGUGUAGAUAUGCCAAUCGUGCAAAGAAUAUAAAGAACAAGGCAAAGAUCAAUGAAGAUCCAAAGGAUGCCCUGCUGAGAGAAUUCCAAAAAGAAAUUGAAAAACUCAGGGCUCAGCUGGCUGAAGGUACAAUGAAUACCUUGUUUCUGUUGUCCUCCUCAUACUAAUUGCAUCAACAUGGGGAAAAAGGAGGUCUUGUUUGCUUGAACUGUCACGUAAUUGAAUGAUUUAAAUAAGGGAGAUGGAGUAACUUUAUGGCAAGGAGGGGUAGAAUGACAGUAAGAAAAACUGGCCUAUGGAGGGUGUGGGGAACACUUUUAAAGAACUGAUAAGCAAAUGAGGAAGAACAUUCUCUUUCUCAGUCCAGUCCAAAUGAGCCAGCAGCCAGCACUUUUGCCACUUCAAGUGGAAUAUUCUCUACCUACUCAGCACUUACAGUUGUGACAUUACUAAUAUUAAAUAAAAACCACACAAAGACAACCCUCCAAGUUACAACCAUUUUGGUUCCCAUAGCACCUAAAAUUUUGGAGCUGGUGACUUGAUUUGUAAAAAAGUCUCCCUAAACCAAAAGAGUUGGUUGCCAAAUGGCAACCAAGUAAAAACUUUAACUUGGAGGGUUGACUUUUUGGCUUUUGUUGCCUGCUGCGCUGGUCAUCCUGCCUACUAUCGUAAAACAUUUUGGCUGGGCAGCUUCCUUUACUCAAGCAAGAAAUGUCUCAGAAAAGUCUCACAUCGUGAAUAUGACCCAGCACCUUCUUAAGGCCCUGUAAGCCAGGGUAACAUUCUGAUUAGGGACAUGGCCUUGAAAUUUAGACUAGGGACAUACUCACCCAGCCAGCAGCUGUGAGGGCCUCAUUAUGUAGAGGCUUCUUUUACAUUACAUGCUCUGGGAGCUAAUGUCUGGUGAUGCUGUUAUCAGAGGGUGAGGGAAGUGGUACUGAAGAAAGUGAAUCCGAGGAAGAGGUGGUAGAAGGAGGAGUCACAGUCAAAAGGAAGAAGAAGCACCGUAGAAAAAGUAAGUUGUAGUGAAACUAAGGUUAUAAGUGACAUCUCAAAAAUAGGUCAUUUGUACAAUGGUGGCUUUUUACUGAUGUCUACUACAACAGUCUAUUUUGGUUUUUCCUUUCAUUAUUAAAUUUGGUAUUGUCCCAGGUACAAUUUAAAAAAAGGAAGCAACACUCUAAAGGAUUCUACUAUUAAUAGUUGAAUGCUGUCAUCAUGCAAAUGGCCCAUUGCUUUGCAAAAGAUGGCAAAUAAUUAUGUCAAUGUUAUUUUUUACUUGCAUGACUGUAUUGCUUCCAGGGUUAGAGGAGUUAUACAUGUACAGUCAGCUAAAGAAAUAAUGUUUAACUAAAUGUUUACAGUUCAGUGAACCUUGUUAUAUGGACUCAUGAAAUGAUAAUCAUUAUGUUUAAAGCAGUUGACAGAGAAUAGAACUCUCACUUAGCUGCACUCUCACUUAAGCAGUGACUUCUCAUUAGAAUUUAUCCUUUAUGGAACCACUGAGUUUUGUAGGGCUUUUCCUUAUGAAAACAGGGAAUGUGAUAAAAUGUCAGCUAAUUCUCCUUGCAUUUGAUACAAGGAUCUUUCCAAUUUUGCUUCUCCUGUAAGUUGGCUUUGAUAUGUAAAGAUGGCUGGCCUGGGUCCUUAACAAUCGGGCACCUAAUUAAGCCUUAAAAGCUGUUUGCGCUACAAGGAAGUCUAGCUGCUGUCAGGGAUGACCAAACAGGACUUUUUCUAGUCCUGCUAAAGGUAUGGAAUUUUUUCCUUCAGGCAUGCAUGCUCUCCCACCGGAGAAAGUAGCUGAGUUGAGAGCAAAGAUAGAAGCUGAACGAGAGCAGUUAAAACAGAAGACAGAUAUGGCAGAGGAAGAGAGAAACAAGGCUGCUGAUGAGUUGGAAAAAAGAGAACAAGACAUCAAGGAAUCUGAGUAGGAAUCAAUUCAUUAUAAUGUUGCCUUAUCAAAACAUAAAACAAAAACCAAGUGUUUAAUGCAGUUUUCAAUAAAAUUUAAUAUUGCUAAUAGCCAUUGGAGUAAAAUUGCAAUGGUCGUUUUUAUGCUAGAGAUGUUAAAGUUGUCUUAAGACAACAUUAAUGUGUAUAAAAAAGGUUAAUAAGCUGAGACAGAUGCAUAAGUUUUAACAUCUGACAACAUUAACGUCCCUUGUUAAGUGUGUCAGAACAACACACUUAACAGACAACAUUAACAUCUCAAACAUUAAAUGCGUAUAGUAUAAAGAAGGGAUGAUGUAAACUGGGACACAUUUAUGCCUAACUUGUUGAGAAAUGAUUGGAAAGAGUCAGAAUUGUGUAUUUUUUACAGAAAACUCUGUUUUUUACAUUGCUACUGUCUACUUUGAGGCAUCCUGUUUUUACAGAUGUUAAAUGUAUCUAGACAACUUUAACAUCUGUAGCAUAAAAACAGCCAAUAAUAAGAAGUGGAUCAUCUACACCUAACAAAAAUCAACACUUUAAUUUUGAUUACAUUAAAAUGCUAAUCACAUCAGCACUCUGACUGGCAGUGUAAAGUGCUAGUUAUAAGCUUCAGUCUAAGUCUGCACUCAAUACGUAAAACAAAUUUACUUGGAAACUAAAGGAAAAAAUCUUCUUUUGCUUAUUUUUCUAAGACUGCUGUGGUUCUUACUCUUAUUUAGAAAGGAACACCAAAAACUCCAAGAUAAACUCAAGGCUGUUGAAAGCAAGAUAAUUGUUGGAGGAGAAAACUUGGUUUGUAUCUUAUAGUUUUUGUAUGUUUGUUUGGUCUUUUUGUUGUUGUUUUGUGUGUGUGUUUCAUCUCUGGCAACAAUUUUGAAUAUUUUAGUACUGAAGACUAGUGGUAGAUGUUUUAAUUACUGUCAGUAGUAACUAAUGUUACUUACUGUGUCUGUGGAAAGUCAAAAUUUAAUCUUUAACAGCCAGUGGAUGCAGCAUUUGAAACAUAAUUUGUAUUAAGUUUGAGUACAAGGGGUUUUGGCUACACGUUCUCUCCUUGUUAGAUCUCUGAAACUGAAAGGUUAAUGAAAUCUCUGACAUCUCCCUGCAUUUUCUUCUCAUGUAUGUGUUUCUAACUAGUUGGUACUUUUAAACAAAACUUACUAAACAUCUCAAAUUUUCCCACAACUGCUUGUUAAGAGCACACUCGCUGGCCAGCCUUCCAUUCGUACUUGGGAAGGUACUUUUGUAAGUUUAGCAGCGCCACGUGAUUACAGUAAGAGUCUGUGACUUUUAAUAUUGAAACUACAUACAUGUAUUCUUACUUUGUGACUGCAUUUUCUUGCCUGAAACAGUUGGAAAAAGCUGAGAAACAAGCUCUAUUGUUAGAACAAUCUGCUAAAGAACUCUCUGAGAGGCAAGAAAGGGAGAAACAACUGCAAAAGCUUAUUGAAGAGAAAGAGGUAUAAAGUGUGAAAUUUUAUCGUUAACAAUGAAUAUUAUAACAUGUACAUCUAUUUGCGACUGCUGUUUUUAAGUGACUGUAUGGGCUAAAAGUGCAUAUCUUUUAUAAACAAAUGCAGUUAAUCCUCUCAACUUGAUACACCUCAGAAAGAGGUUGGAAUACUGACUGGUUUAAGAACCUCAAUGUAGCUGAUAAAGAUACAUUUGGAAAGGGUUUGAAUGUGGUUAUUAGUAACAUUCAGUCUGUGGUGUUUUGAUUUGGAUAAAAAAAAUCGCAGGAGAAGUGAACUACAUAGUCCCAUUAUUAGUCAAAUACAUUGUGUAAAAAUGGACAGGAAUUACUGGUUUCUGUUUUUUGCAGCAAGAGAGGAUUGACAUAGAAGAGAAGUAUGCCAGUCUGCAGGAAGAAGCUGCAGGAAAAACUAAGAAGCUUAAAAAAGUCUGGAGCAUGCUCAUGAGUGCCAAGUCAGAGGUGAGUGAGUCAGGGGAAGUACAACUUGUUCAGCAGUGAACAAUAGUGGCUUUCUGAACUGAGGCCUGCAAACCCUGUUGAAACAAAGUCUAUUCAUUUUGCUACCUGUUAUCUGAUAACUUAAAAAUUAUUGUUUUUUAUUAUAUAGACACGAGUGUUUUACUGGAAAAUAUACCACUCCUAAAAUUCAUAAAAACUACAUCCGGGACCCGAGUGGUUUAUUUUCCAUAAUCUCACACGUGAGUUUAUCAAUGACUUAAUUUCGGUAAUUUCCCUCUAUUAUUUUAUCAAUGUCUUUUUGUCCAUAAUUAUAAUAAAAAGAACAUUACAUGGCGGCUUGAAGAUAUGAAUUUUAUUUGCGAGUGGCAAAAACAAUAUUUUACUCACUCGCUGCGCUCGUUCGUAAAAUAUUGUUUUGCCACUCGAAAAUAAAAUUCAUAUCUUUGCGCCACUGUGUAAUAUCCUCUAUCUAAUACAUGUAUCUUAAAAUUAUCUGAAAGCACGCCAAUAUUUUCUGUAGCCAUCUAGUAAUUGCACUGUCUUGAAAAUCACAUUAGAUGGCAGACCAACAGCAAGAGCACCAGCGUGAGACAGAAGGGCUGUUAGAUAGCAUCAGAGAGCUGCGUAAAGAACUGCAGUUGCAAACCUUGCUGAUUGAGAGCUUCAUUCCUCCUGAAUUUCAGGUAAAAUAAUCCAUUUUGUUUGUUUCCAUAAUAAUUUGAUGUUAUCUUCAUAUUCUCUAGGUUAACAAUCAUUAAUUUUAAAAAAUAUUGCAGUUAAACCUCCAAGCCUUCUAGUGAUGCUAUGAAGAUUGUAAUGUGAUUUGGGGGUGUGGGUUGUAAAUUACCUAUUGAAAUCUAGUUAAAUAGAUUGGAUUUGUUUAAUAUUAUCAUAUGCUAUAAAUUGGUUAUCAUAUCUCUUGAUAUGGAAGAAAAGUGAGCCUAGGACUGAUUGAUAAAGACUUGAUUCAGUGAGCACCAAAAUUUGCUGCUCAGGUCAGUUUCUUGGAUGUCCUGAGUUUGUUAAUUGGUUCUAUGAGCCCUUAAUUGGCUUCCUCCUGAUUAGCCUGCAGAACAGGUGCUUUUUUUGUGUGUCUUUUGGGCAAAUGGAUCACGUUUGCCUUGGCUCUCUUAAAAAACAUGAAAAAAAAAUGCAUGUUCUGCUGGCUACCUCGUCCUAGUUUCUUUUUGUGAGGGAGGGGGGAGGUUUCUCAGGACUGGUAAAUGCUUGAAAUUUAUCAAUUUUUUUAAAUUUCAAUUUUGAUGACAGGAUUUGAUAGAACAGCAUGUGUCUUGGAAUGAAGAGAUAGGAGAGUGGCAGCUGGUGAGUGUUAUUUCCAUCUUUUGUAAAGAAGAAAGUUAACAUAAUUAUAGAAUGCAGAGGAUGGCAAUGUUAAGACUUCUGGAUGAUGACGAUUGCAAUUCUUCUUACAACCCCUUGUUUUGCGCAACUGCUUCCUCUAAUAAAAUUGAAGACCAAUGCCCUUAGUAUAAAAUAUGAAAAUGGCAGUUCUCUGCAAAUGGGUAAAUUGGACUAUAAAAAAUUAAUGAAACUACCCAAAUGUAAGUCAAUUGAUUAUAGUUUUUUUAUCAGUCUUAGACAACUAUUUAUUAAUUGUUUGCGACACAAACAAGUAAGGUAAGGACUGUAGCAUUCGUAUCAACAUUGUUGGGCACCUCAAUCAAUAUGGUAGAUGAAAAGAACCUAUAAGAUACUGGGCAAGUUUAGUUUUGACUUUUUCUGGACAUCCAACUUUCAAUAAUAGUGAUCUAAGUUGCUAAAAAUUAUUAUUACUGUAUUGUCUUGUAGAGAUUUGUGGCAUAUACAGGUAAUAACAUGAGGAAGCCAUCUCCAAGCCCUGAUCCAAAGGACAAGAACAAAGAGGUUUGUCUGAUAAGCUGCACUGCUGAAAAAAAAAUAGUGACAAUUAUGAGGCUGAGUAUGAUGUGAAGAAUUAUGCAGAUCAAGGAGAAUGUUAUGACAGCCUCCGAGAUCUGCAUAAUUCUUCACAUCAUACAAAAGCCAAAUUCAAUAAUGUCAAAAAUUAUUCAAAACAUUGCUGAUUUCUUAACAAGCUUAUGCCUCUUAGACUUUCUUCAAAACUUUGGCCUUUUUCUCAGCACAGUUUUAGGAUAUAAACAGACUUUUUUUGUGCAGAUACCGGUACUCCUCAUUAGUAGAUAACAUCCAUCAUUGAUCAAGCAAUAUGUUUUGUGUAUUCUUGCAUUUCUUCCGUUCACUGCAAUGACGAAACAUUUUGAAAGAAUAACGAUAACAAUUAUUAAAUGAUGCAUGUAUCAGGUACCAUAUUUAUUCGAAUAAGCGCCCAACCUCGAAUUAGCGCCCACCUCGAAUAAGCGCCCAUCCUAAAGGCAGAAAAAGUUAAUAAGCGCCCAGCCUCAAAUAAGCGCCCACCCCCUCUUCCUCCCAGUCAAACUCAAAUAAGCGCUCACCCCCACCCCACCCACUUGAGUGAAUAAAUUCUAAUAAGAGACUUCCCCGAGGAUGGAGUCUUCUUCAGAGUAUUUUACAGAAACCUUGCGUUGUUACUUCUUCGCGUUUUGUUAUUAGCAUAUAUUGUUUUGUUGCAAAAUAAAAAUACUUCACUUGCUAAAAAUGGUGAAAAUUUAAUAAGCUCCCAACCUCGAAUAAGCGUCCACCUCUAAUAAGCGCCCACCCUCGAGGUCCAAAAAUUUAAUAAGCGCCCAGGGCGGUUAAUCGAAUAAAUACGGUACGCAUGAACUUAUCUGCUAAAUCUAAGUGGUCAGCUAUUGAACGAAAUAUGUCUUUGUUAAUCUGUUUACAGUUCAGUGAGGCAGACAUAUCCGGUGUUUAUUUAAGCUAUGAACAAGUUAACUACUCCAUGGGGUAUGAUGAGCCAACUCCUACGAGGCCAAAGAGCAGUCGUCCAAAGUCAUCAAGACCUAAGACAGCUGGGAGACCCAAGACGGGAAAGAAGUAAGUCAUAAUUUAUUUUUAUGUACAGAAAUGCAGUUAGAUAGGGAUAGGCUAGCUUACACUGUUUUCAUUGUUUGUAGUCAAAGAUUAUACAGUCCAACCUCCACAAACUGCCAACUCUCUUUACAAUGGCCUCUUUUUUGUCCCGGCAGACGGUCCAUACAUAGACUCUGACUUGUUUAAACCUCCCUACAAUGGUUGUGUCCCAUUUAUACUGCUGAAUUAAGCAUAAAUUGUCUAUGAUACUUGAAGCCAAUGUUGCAAACCGUGCUUGUUUUGUUACAUUAACAUUUUGUCAAGUUUUUUUGGUGUAUUUUAUCUGUUAUUCUCCAUACAGGCGUAUUAUAUAUGAUUGGAUUACAAUUAUAUGACGUGCAGCAAGCAUGAACUCAGCACAAUAAACAUGUUGUACUCCCUAAAAAAAAUCAUCAUAUUACACCCCUACCUCCCCAUAACAGUAACCUGUCCACAACGGGCUCUUUCUUCUGUCCCAAGAGGGCCAUUGUGAAGAGAUUCAGCUGUAUAUAUAUAUAUAUAUAUAUUUUUUUUUUUUUUUUCUGUUGAAAUUGUACACUCAGGUGUUAUUAAUAUAGCUAAAGACAAACACUAUUUGUGGCCACAUCUCAUUCAACUGUUGUUGUACUUAUGCUGUAGAAAAAAGACGGAAGGUGAAGAUGCAAGCAACAAAAGUAAAGAAGAUGCUGAACAGUAUCCACAGUCUAGAAGACUGUUAAGCCCAAAGAAACAUUUUGCUUAAUACCGGUCAUUUAGCGCAAGUAAUAAUUAUAAUAAAAAGAACAUUACAUGGCGGCUUGAAGAUAUGAAUUUUAUUUGCGAGUGGCAAAAACAAUAUUUUACUCACUCGCUGCGCUCGUUCGUAAAAUAUUGUUUUGCCACUCGAAAAUAAAAUUCAUAUCUUUGCGCCACUGUGUAAUAUCCUCUAUCUAAUACAUGUAUCUUAAAAUUAUCUGAAAGCACGCCAAUAUUUUCUGUAGCCAUCUAGUAAUUGCACUGUCUUGAAAAUCACAUUAGAUGGCAGACCAACAGCAAGAGCACCAGCGUGAGACAGAAGGGCUGUUAGAUAGCAUCAGAGAGCUGCGUAAAGAACUGCAGUUGCAAACCUUGCUGAUUGAGAGCUUCAUUCCUCCUGAAUUUCAGGUAAAAUAAUCCAUUUUGUUUGUUUCCAUAAUAAUUUGAUGUUAUCUUCAUAUUCUCUAGGUUAACAAUCAUUAAUUUUAAAAAAUAUUGCAGUUAAACCUCCAAGCCUUCUAGUGAUGCUAUGAAGAUUGUAAUGUGAUUUGGGGGUGUGGGUUGUAAAUUACCUAUUGAAAUCUAGUUAAAUAGAUUGGAUUUGUUUAAUAUUAUCAUAUGCUAUAAAUUGGUUAUCAUAUCUCUUGAUAUGGAAGAAAAGUGAGCCUAGGACUGAUUGAUAAAGACUUGAUUCAGUGAGCACCAAAAUUUGCUGCUCAGGUCAGUUUCUUGGAUGUCCUGAGUUUGUUAAUUGGUUCUAUGAGCCCUUAAUUGGCUUCCUCCUGAUUAGCCUGCAGAACAGGUGCUUUUUUUGUGUGUCUUUUGGGCAAAUGGAUCACGUUUGCCUUGGCUCUCUUAAAAAACAUGAAAAAAAAAUGCAUGUUCUGCUGGCUACCUCGUCCUAGUUUCUUUUUGUGAGGGAGGGGGGAGGUUUCUCAGGACUGGUAAAUGCUUGAAAUUUAUCAAUUUUUUUAAAUUUCAAUUUUGAUGACAGGAUUUGAUAGAACAGCAUGUGUCUUGGAAUGAAGAGAUAGGAGAGUGGCAGCUGGUGAGUGUUAUUUCCAUCUUUUGUAAAGAAGAAAGUUAACAUAAUUAUAGAAUGCAGAGGAUGGCAAUGUUAAGACUUCUGGAUGAUGACGAUUGCAAUUCUUCUUACAACCCCUUGUUUUGCGCAACUGCUUCCUCUAAUAAAAUUGAAGACCAAUGCCCUUAGUAUAAAAUAUGAAAAUGACAGUUCUCUGCAAAUGGGUAAAUUGGACUAUAAAAAAUUAAUGAAACUACCCAAAUGUAAGUCAAUUGAUUAUAGUUUUUUUAUCAGUCUUAGACAACUAUUUAUUAAUUGUUUGCGACACAAACAAGUAAGGUAAGGACUGUAGCAUUCGUAUCAACAUUGUUGGGCACCUCAAUCAAUAUGGUAGAUGAAAAGAACCUAUAAGAUACUGGGCAAGUUUAGUUUUGACUUUUUCUGGACAUCCAACUUUCAAUAAUAGUGAUCUAAGUUGCUAAAAAUUAUUAUUACUGUAUUGUCUUGUAGAGAUUUGUGGCAUAUACAGGUAAUAACAUGAGGAAGCCAUCUCCAAGCCCUGAUCCAAAGGACAAGAACAAAGAGGUUUGUCUGAUAAGCUGCACUGCUGAAAAAAAAAUAGUGACAAUUAUGAGGCUGAGUAUGAUGUGAAGAAUUAUGCAGAUCAAGGAGAAUGUUAUGACAGCCUCCGAGAUCUGCAUAAUUCUUCACAUCAUACAAAAGCCAAAUUCAAUAAUGUCAAAAAUUAUUCAAAACAUUGCUGAUUUCUUAACAAGCUUAUGCCUCUUAGACUUUCUUCAAAACUUUGGCCUUUUUCUCAGCACAGUUUUAGGAUAUAAACAGACUUUUUUUGUGCAGAUACCGGUACUCCUCAUUAGUAGAUAACAUCCAUCAUUGAUCAAGCAAUAUGUUUUGUGUAUUCUUGCAUUUCUUCCGUUCACUGCAAUGACGAAACAUUUUGAAAGAAUAACGAUAACAAUUAUUAAAUGAUGCAUGUAUCAGGUACCAUAUUUAUUCGAAUAAGCGCCCAACCUCGAAUUAGCGCCCACCUCGAAUAAGCGCCCAUCCUAAAGGCAGAAAAAGUUAAUAAGCGCCCAGCCUCAAAUAAGCGCCCACCCCCUCUUCCUCCCAGUCAAACUCAAAUAAGCGCUCACCCCCACCCCACCCACUUGAGUGAAUAAAUUCUAAUAAGAGACUUCCCCGAGGAUGGAGUCUUCUUCAGAGUAUUUUACAGAAACCUUGCGUUGUUACUUCUUCGCGUUUUGUUAUUAGCAUAUAUUGUUUUGUUGCAAAAUAAAAAUACUUCACUUGCUAAAAAUGGUGAAAAUUUAAUAAGCUCCCAACCUCGAAUAAGCGUCCACCUCUAAUAAGCGCCCACCCUCGAGGUCCAAAAAUUUAAUAAGCGCCCAGGGCGGUUAAUCGAAUAAAUACGGUACGCAUGAACUUAUCUGCUAAAUCUAAGUGGUCAGCUAUUGAACGAAAUAUGUCUUUGUUAAUCUGUUUACAGUUCAGUGAGGCAGACAUAUCCGGUGUUUAUUUAAGCUAUGAACAAGUUAACUACUCCAUGGGGUAUGAUGAGCCAACUCCUACGAGGCCAAAGAGCAGUCGUCCAAAGUCAUCAAGACCUAAGACAGCUGGGAGACCCAAGACGGGAAAGAAGUAAGUCAUAAUUUAUUUUUAUGUACAGAAAUGCAGUUAGAUAGGGAUAGGCUAGCUUACACUGUUUUCAUUGUUUGUAGUCAAAGAUUAUACAGUCCAACCUCCACAAACUGCCAACUCUCUUUACAAUGGCCUCUUUUUUGUCCCGGCAGACAGUCCAUACAUAGACUCUGACUUGUUUAAACCUCCCUACAAUGGUUGUGUCCCAUUUAUACUGCUGAAUUAAGCAUAAAUUGUCUAUGAUACUUGAAGCCAAUGUUGCAAACCGUGCUUGUUUUGUUACAUUAACAUUUUGUCAAGUUUUUUUGUGUAUUUUAUCUGUUAUUCUCCAUACAGGCGUAUUAUAUAUGAUUGGAUUACCAUUAUAUGACGUGCAGCAAGCAUGAACUCAGCACAAUAAACAUGUUGUACUCCCUAAAAAAAAUCGUCAUAUUACACCCCUACCUCCCCAUAACAGUAACCUCUCCACAACGGGCUCUUUCUUCUGUCCCAAGAGGGCCAUUGUGAAGAGAUUCAGCUGUAUAUAUAUAUAUAUUUUUUUUUUUUUUUUUCUGUUGAAAUUGUACACUCAGGUGUUAUUAAUAUAGCUAAAGACAAACACUAUUUGUGGCCACAUCUCAUUCAACUGUUGUUGUACUUAUGCUGUAGAAAAAAGACGGAAGGUGAAGAUGCAAGCAACAAAAGUAAAGAAGAUGCUGAACAGUAUCCACAGUCUAGAAGACUGUUAAGCCCAAAGAAACAUUUUGCUUAAUACCGGUCAUUUAGCGCAAGUUGAACGUUUCAAGCAUACACGUCUUAUGAAGAAACAUAAUCAUGGUAUAAGGCUUGUCUAGAUAUUAUAAUAUCAUUAAUAAUUAUUAUUAUUUACUAAUGUAAGGUUGAUGUGUUGUACAGUCAUAUGCCUCUUUUAUAGUCCUAUAGGCUCAUGUUAGUGUACAUUAAAAUACAAAACAGCUCACAUUGUGUUUUUCUCCAAUUUUAUUUUUUACACACAUGCAACAAUGUUGCAUUUUGCUUCAAUAGUCACAGAGUCCAAAGAAUAACUGUCAAAGUUGAAACAAUUCUCCCAAACAUUGUGUUGUUUAUGUUUGGUAUUUUAUUUAUUUGAAAGAUGAUGAAUUUGUACAUAGUAAUAAAAAAUUAAUUGAACAAAGUCUUGUUCAACCUUGAGUACAUUAUCCACAUGGAGAGAUGUUGUAUUGAAUAAAGUGAGGCAC